ACACACUCACCAGCGGGAAGAACCUGGAAAGAGAUCCUUGAAUCUCUGAUUGAGAUUGUCCAAAGAGGAGAAAGGUAACCCUGCCAUUCGAGCCCCUAGCACAACUCUGCAGAAAUGCCUCCUCAGCUACUAAACGGCCUGAACCUCUCAGCCAAAGUCAUUCAGGGCACCCUAGACAGCCUGCCCCAGGCGGUGAGGGAGUUCGUGGAGAACAAUGCCCAGCUGUGCCAGCCCAAGUACAUCCACAUCUGCGAUGGCUCUGAGCAGGAGAACGGGCAGCUGCUGGACCACAUGCAGGAGCAGGGCAUGGUCAGGAAGCUGAAGAAAUACGACAACUGCUGGUUGGCUCUCACUGACCCCAGAGAUGUGGCCAGGAUCGAAAGCAAGACGGUUAUCAUUACCCAAGAGCAAAGAGACACGGUGCCCAUUCCCAAAAACGGCCUCAGCCAGCUGGGUCGCUGGAUGUCAGAGGCGGACUUUGAAAAAGCCUUCAAUGCCAGAUUCCCAGAGUGCAUGAAAGGUCGUACCAUGUAUGUCAUCCCGUUCAGCAUGGGGCCGCUGGGCUCCCCUCUGUCAAAGAUUGGCAUUGAGCUGACGGAUUCGCCCUACGUGGUGGCCAGCAUGCGUAUCAUGACGCGAAUUGGCACACCCGUCCUGGAAGCGCUGGGUGACGGGGAAUUUGUCAAGUGCCUCCAUUCCGUGGGGUGCCCUUUGCCUUUAAAAAAGCCUUUGGUCAACAACUGGCCCUGCAACCCGGAGCUGACACUCAUCGCUCACCUGCCCGACCACAGAGAGAUCAUUUCCUUUGGGAGUGGGUAUGGCGGGAACUCGCUGCUUGGGAAGAAGUGCUUUGCUCUCAGGAUGGCUGGCCGGCUGGCUAAGGAGGAGGGCUGGCUGGCAGAGCACAUGCUGAUCCUGGGUAUUACCAACCCUGAGGGUGAGAAGAAGUAUCUGGCGGCCGCAUUCCCCAGUGCCUGCGGGAAGACCAACCUGGCCAUGAUGAACCCCUCCCUCCCAGGCUGGAAGAUAGAGUGCGUGGGCGACGACAUCGCCUGGAUGAAAUUCGACAAUGAAGGUAACUUAAGGGCUAUCAACCCAGAAAAUGGUUUUUUUGGUGUCGCUCCUGGAACCUCUGUGAAGACAAACCCCAACGCCAUCAAGACCAUCCAGAAGAACACCAUCUUCACCAAUGUGGCCGAGACCAGUGACGGGGGCGUGUACUGGGAGGGCAUCGAUGAGCGUCUGGCUCCAGGCAUCACCAUCACUUCCUGGAAGAACAGGCAGUGGAGCCCAGAAGAUGGGGAACCUUGUGCCCACCCCAACUCGCGGUUCUGCACUCCUGCCAGCCAGUGUCCCAUCAUCGAUGCUGCCUGGGAGUCUCCGGAAGGUGUCCCAAUCGAGGGCAUUAUCUUCGGAGGCCGCAGACCUACCGGUGUCCCCCUAGUCUACGAAGCUCUCAGCUGGCAGCACGGAGUGUUUGUGGGGGCGGCCAUGAGGUCGGAGGCCACAGCAGCUGCAGAACACAAAGGCAAAAUCAUCAUGCACGACCCCUUUGCCAUGCGGCCCUUCUUUGGCUACAACUUUGGCAAAUAUCUGGCCCACUGGCUGAGCAUGGCCCAGCGGCCAGCAGCCAAGCUGCCCAAGAUCUUCCAUGUCAACUGGUUCCGGAAGGACAAGGAAGGCAAUUAUCUCUGGCCAGGCUUUGGAGAGAACUCCAGGGUGCUGGAGUGGAUGUUCAAUCGGAUCAAUGGGGAAGACAGCGCCAAGCUCACGCCCAUAGGCUACAUCCCAAAGGAGGAUGCCCUGAAUCUGAAAGGCCUGGGGAACAUCAAUGUGAAGGAGCUCUUCAGCAUCUCCAAGGAGUUCUGGGAGAAGGAGGUGGAAGAGAUCGAGAAGUAUCUGGAGGAUCAAGUCAAUGCUGACCUCCCCUAUGAGAUUGAGAGAGAGGUCCUUGCUCUGAAGCAGAGAAUAAGUCAGAUGUAA